AUGUUACUUUCGAAUUUUGCUUUUGCUUUAGCUUUUCUUAUAGAUUUCUGAUAUUGGAAUGUCUGCUUAUUCAGAAAAAGGAAUGAAAAGAUUCCUUAUAUUUGUAUUAUCAUGCUUUUGCUCAGCUACGCUGCGAUUGAAUAUACGAAAGCACUAGAAAAUAUUUUUUCUUUUGAGUUUGUUUCUUUAACUAUCAAAGAAUAUUUCAUAAAUCUACCCCUUGAUUGGCAAAGUUUUAUUCAGAUGGUUCAGCAGUCACAUUAUGUAAACAUACCAAAUUUAAUAUUUUUCAAUGCAAUAGUAUUAGUUUAUCAAUCAACAUCUCUAGUACUGAUCUGCAUCCUGGCAAUGAUAAACAAUUAUUAUUUUCUAACUAUUGAAUAUGCAAGCUACGGUUGGAUUUAUUAUUUUUUAUUUUUAAUGACCAUAUUUUUAUACAUAUAUUUCAAUCAUAAAGCUUGGAGAAAAUAUUCGGGUCUCUGAUUGUUGAUAAAAUGUAUUCACACUAUUUUGCUUAUUUUUGACUUUGCCAAUUUCGUUUCCCAAUUAUGUGGCUAUAACCUUAAAAUUGCUGAUUUGGCUUUAUGGAUGUUUUUAAAGAUAAGCGGACUUAUAGUUCAAGUGCUAAUUUUAUUAUUUUAUUAA